CCCUGCCGGGAGCUCGAGCUCCACGCUGCAGGCGCGGAGGCAGCAGCGGCUACGCUACCGGUGGGGCGGCGCUGCGCUGCUCUGCGCUGCGGGCGGUCGGGGGACCCGGGCUUUCCUGCCAUCUUCCGACUCUUCGGAACGUGUGAACCCUUUCCUUCCCCCGGUGAAAAUUUCCAGGAGGAUUUGUUAUUAUUAUUUUAACAUUUCAUUCCAUAGAACCAUAAAAAAAAAAAGUGGUGGCGCGGAGCACGGUCCUUUCAGAGGGGGGCAGCAUUUCAACUCUUGGCCCCAACCUGGCAGCCCACUGGCCUCAGUGCUGCUCCGGCCCCAAAGCCGAGCAGCAGGGAGUUAGGACGCAGCGUGUGGGCAGCAGGCACGUUUCUUAUUUGCGAGAAUCCUUUCCAUUUCAAGGAGAGAAUCCAAGGAAUUUUUACCCCGUGGAGGAAUGAUGUAGUUCCAUCCAUAACCUUCUCUUUUUAUACUUCCAGGUCCACUACUGUCCUCUGCCGCAGAUUUGGAAGGCUGUCAUGGGCAUGAAUGUGAAAAUUUGGAGGUUUCAGCUCGCUUGUUGCUUCUGCCUGGAAGACUAUCCUCUAGAAGCAGGAAAAGUGAUCCUCGUGCAAGCUGACUCCAAGAGACGAGAAGUGUUUUAGAAGGAAAUGGAUGAAGGCAGCUCAGGGAGCCCCAAACGCGUGCUCCCUGCGGUCUAGUCGGGGGAAGCCCUUCCGCGGGGCCCAGACGUUCUGGGAUGUCACCAGUGCUGGACACAUGGCUGAUUCCUGAAUGACGAUGGUUCGCCGGGGGCUGCUUGCGUGGAUCUCUCGGGUGGUGGUUCUGCUGGUGCUUCUCUGCUGUGCCAUCUCUGUCCUGUACAUGUUGGCUUGCACUCCCAAAGGCAACGAGGAGCAGCUAGGGCUGCCCCGGGCCAACAGCCCCACGGGGAAGGAAGGGUACCAGGCUGUCCUGCAGGAGUGGGAGGAGCAGCACCGCAACUACAUCAGCAGCCUCAAGAGGCAGAUCGCACAGCUGAAGGAGGAGCUACAGGAGAGGAGUGAGCAGCUCAAGAAUGCGCAGUACCACGCCAGCGAUGCUGCGGGCCUGGGCCCUGAGCGGGGCGCCCCUGAGAAAACCCAGGCUGACCUGCUGGCCUUCCUGCACUCACAGGUGGACAAGGCGGAGGUGCAUGCCGGCGUCAAGCUGGCCACCGAGUACGCCGCAGUGCCUUUUGAUAGUUUCACCCUGCAGAAAGUGUACCAGUUGGAGACUGGCCUGACCCGCCACCCCGAGGAGAAACCUGUGAGGAAAGACAAGCGGGAUGAGUUGGUAGAAGCUAUCGAGUCAGCCUUGGAGACCCUGAACAGCCCUGCAGAGAGCAGCCUAAAUCAGCAUCCUUAUACAGCCUCGGAUUUCAUAGAAGGGAUCUACCGCACGGAAAGGGAUAAAGGUACUUUGUAUGAGCUCACGUUCAAAGGGGACCACAAGCACGAAUUCAGACGACUGGUCUUGUUUCGACCGUUUGGCCCUAUCAUGAAAGUAAAAAAAGAAAAACUCAACAUGGCCAACACACUUAUCAACGUGAUCGUGCCCCUGGCAAGGAGGGUGGACAAGUUCCGACAGUUCAUGCAGAAUUUCAGGGAGACGUGCAUCCAGCAGGAUGGGAGAAUUCAUCUCACGGUUGUUUACUUUGGGAAAGAAGACAUGAACGAGGUCAAGGGAAUACUUGAAAACACCUCCAAAGCUGCCAACUUCAGGAACUUCACCUUCAUCCAGCUGAACGGAGAGUUUUCCCGGGGAAAGGGACUUGACAUUGGAGCCCGCUUCUGGAAGGGUAGCAAUGUCCUUCUCUUUUUCUGUGACGUUGACAUCUACUUCACCUCUGAAUUCCUCAAUACCUGUCGGCUGAACACACAGCCAGGGAGGAAAGUAUUUUAUCCCGUCCUUUUCAGUCAGUACAAUCCCGGCAUCAUAUACGGCCAUCACGAUGCGGUCCCACCCUUAGAACAGCAGCUGGUCAUAAAGAAGGAAACUGGAUUUUGGAGAGACUUUGGAUUUGGGAUGACAUGUCAGUAUCGGUCAGACUUCAUCAAUAUAGGUGGGUUCGAUUUGGACAUCAAAGGCUGGGGCGGAGAGGACGUGCACCUGUAUCGCAAGUACCUCCACAGCAAUCUCAUAGUGGUGCGGACGCCCGUGCGGGGGCUCUUUCACCUCUGGCACGAGAAGCGCUGUGUGGACGAGCUGACCCCCGAGCAGUACAAGAUGUGCAUGCAGUCCAAGGCCAUGAACGAGGCCUCCCAUGGGCAGCUGGGCAUGCUGGUCUUCCGGCACGAGAUAGAGGCUCACCUUCGCAAACAGAAACAGAAGACAAGCAGCAAAAAAACAUGAACUCCCAGGGAUACGUCUGGGGAGAUGUUUCAUUUUUCCUUUUGCAAUUAACCUGACAAGUGGCCGCAACGAGGAAAAGAUUUUCGUAAAAGGCAAGAAGGAAUUUGGCUGAUGAGUAACAGACGGGAGGAGAGAGCCUCCAGUUUCUGCCUACGUGGUUUCAUGCAGCAGGAACUGACACCCCGCCACACACACACAUUGCCUGCAACAGCAGCCCCAACGCAUCCUCCUCAGCGUCUGACAAAGGAGAGUGAUUGUGAGACUAGAAGCUUGAUGAUGUGGACGUUUUGAUUGUGUUUGCAGCACAGUGAGAUCUGUGUUUUUUAUGCUCAUUGAAAUAUUCAUGAAUUACAGCCAGUUUUGAGAAAAUCCAUUAGAAUGAAAGGCAAACAGAUUUCUCCCCAUCUGAAUGAUUAUAUCAGUAGGGCUGUAGUGUCUAGGAAUGUUAAAAAUCAGAAGACAGCCGAGAAGACUACGUGAAAAUUCAAAGAUAGCCUCACUGCGCUCUUGUGAGUAUACUAAGAAAAAUCAAAUGGACUAGACAAGAAAGAAUAACUGUGUGUCCUUUCCCCCCAAGAUUAACCAAAAAUAAUCUGCUCAUCUUUUCUGUUGUAGUUUUAACUAUGCCCAUUUGUUAAUUUUAUUUUAAAAACGCACUUUCCUUUUGCUCAAGAGUUAUGUUUUGCUUAUUUAACGACCGAUUCCCAAGCCUUAUUCAGAGAGCACAAGUUAGCAUACACUUUUAUGUUCUUUAAGAAGAUACUUUUGGGUGCAUCGUGGGAGCUUCCCGUUCCCAGCAGCGGUUGAUGCCCGUCCCCGAGGCGAGGCCGAGCGAGCGCCGGCCCUGUCAGGCCCUGGUGUCGGACCUUCGUGGUGGGGAGGGUGUGUGCGGGGCCACUGCCGGAUCAAAGACACACACACACUUUACGCCAUGAGCGAAGCUGAAGAGGAGCCACUGAACACUGGAGGGAAACAAAAGUAUACUUUUUUUUUAUCUUGACAGAAAAGGAGACUCUUUCAAACUGGUGGUACCUUGAUUUAUUCAAAAGCAAGAACACACAAUUUGUCCUCAGGAGAACUGGGGCUCGCUUCCUUACUUGUUUAAACAAACCAAAGUAAAUACCGUGUGAACCAAACAAUCUCUUUUCCAAGCAGGGUGCUCUUCCUGGCAUCUGGCUGCCACGAGAAGAAUGGCAGGAAAAUGUAUUUGUGAAAGAUCACUUCAUCUGCCGGAGUCUCUCGUGGGAAGGAAGAUUUUGCUACACGUUCACUCGCCCCAGUCCAGGGGGAUAUAACUUUGUUGUUUUUUAAAUGAAGCAGUUCUACUCAGUCACCAAGACGCUUCUGAAAAUUGCAUUUUAUCACAGUUUCCAACUAUUUAAAAAAAUAAAUGGAGUUAACAUU